AUGGGUAACGGAGCCAAGGCUGCCCAAAAAAGGGAGCGCAAUACGAAAGAUGCGAAGAAGGAACCAAACAGCCAGUUGAAGAAGAAUGCAGCGGCGCAAACCAUCAAAUGCAAAAUUUGCUUUGCCACAUUCCAGAGCACUUCGGCACGCAAAGGCCUGGAAGAUCACGCCUCGAACAAACACAGCAAGAAAUAUGAAGAGUGUUUCUAG